UUUAUGAGAUAAAAUAUACAAUUUUUAUUUUAUUUUUAAAAUUUAAAAUGAUUGAAUUGGGUCCGGAUGUUUGUAGUACGUCAGGAAACAUUUCAGAAGAUAAAGAUUCAAAAGUUUGUGUCGUUUCACUGAUUGGAAAGUCCAGCAUUUCCUCAACUAAAUCAUCUUUGUUCAAUGAAUUUGCAUGGGCUAAUAUCUUUCCUAAAGAACUAAAGAAAGUGUGGAGAACAAAAUCUAUUUGUAUAGAGGGUCAUUAUCUUGAGCAGCAGAGUGUUUUUCUGCUGCACCUGACGUCAACUCAAGAUGUCCUGCACCUAUAUAAUGUCAUGCAUCAUUUUAAAAAGUAUAACAAAAAUAAAGAAAAGAUGAAGAAAUUCUUGAAAAAGUGUGAACAUGAUCACUUGAAGGCAUUGGUUCUAAUCUUUUCUGUUUCCCAUAUCAUAUUGGUAAAUAUACCUGGCAGCACGUUUGAUACCAAUUAUGUGAAACUCUUCAAAGAUGUUGAAGGUCUUAGGCAACUAUUCAAGCCGCACAUAACAAAAAGAUUGGAAUUGAACUGCCCCAACCUACCUAGAGCCUGGAUUGCGAAUGGGAGGCUGUGCUCACCAAGGGUCCUAUUCAUUCUCGGGUCAUGCAUUUUACCACUAGAGGCAACUCCAGACAGUGCUGAUGCCGAUGCUAGUGUUAACAGUGGCGUCGAGUCUUCUGGAAAGCCGAAAAAUAAGAAUUCAGCUUUGAGAGAUCUGCAGCACUUCAUCGAGGAUAUGGUUUAUAAAAUUUUAAGGAAUGAUCGAAUAAUCACCAACGUCAGUAACAAUUCUCUGUUUGCCAUACCGGCCAACCAGGAAUUUGUUCUCAUAAACCAUCAGGCAGGGCCAUCAUCAUCAACGCCAUCACAGUCGUCAGCCAAUCAGAGCAGUAACAAUAGUAACAGCAGCUUCGAUUCUUUAUCUUUCUUAACUGAACAUUUGUCACAAUCUUGCAAGUUUCCAUCUGCCGAAAGUUCCAGAAAAGCCAAAAGUUACAGCGCAAGUCGGUCGCAACUCAUGCCAACUGUACAGUCGACUGCAUCGUUAAAAAAAGCAUCCUCAUCUGCCUCCCCAUCCUCAUCUGACAUCCUUGAAACGCCAUCCAUCCUGACACGUCUGAGAUGCGAUGAGCCCCCGAUCUGCUCCUUCCUCAGGCCCCACAUCGACAUAGCCCUCAAGAAGGGGUUCGAUGAUAACGUCGGCAGGCAACAUGUCAGUCCCGUCUUCGAGCUACCAACCGUGAACCAAAUGCUGGACGUCGUGUCGCAACUGCACGCCUUGAUAUUCAAGCAUGAGAGUGGUCUCGGUGGCGGCCACACCAUCGACAGAGACAAAUUUCUAAAUGAUAUGAAGGAAGUUGAUGCGUACUUUGCUAAUAAUGUUGACUUGUUGGAAAAGUUCCUUGAGAACCUUAACAACAAGCUGCUUCCAUUAGCAGAGGAAAUGUACUGCGAAGGACUGCCGAAAUUUUACACAAAAGAUUACCACACAACCAAGCUGGAGCAAGCUCGAAAUUAUUUUGUGGCGAACGCGCGAGGACCUGACGUGCUAAAGUACUGGAGGCAGCUGGAAGUGAAGUUCACCGACAUGUGGAUGAAUGGCAGGAGGCUUUGUGAAGCUAUCAGUAUGCUCGGUCAUCAAUGCUGCAAUGAGUUGCACAGGCUGCCUGAGGAUAAGAAAUCAGAGAGGCUGGUGUUGAAUGAAGAGGAUGAAGUGAACGAGGCUGACAGCAGCCUACCCGCCAUGGAGCACACCAGCAACGUCGUGACCAGGGCCACGUGCAACUGCGGGGGUACGCAGAACGAUAGGGACGACCCUUUCGAUUUCAAGGCCGCAAACUAUGACUUCUACAUGGCCCUGGAGGAAAAAUGCUGCCACAAGUACGAACAUUAUGUUUUCACAACAGCCAACUCGGAAAAAGGGGCCAACUUUGACUUCAACAUGCUGCCUGAUGAGAGCAGCUUCAGUCCAACUGGACACGAGGAGCCACUGUACGACCCGAUAUUGAUGUCAUCUCCAUUGCAUCAAUACAACAGCAGCAACAAGAGUGACGGCACGAAAUGUUCGCAGAGGUCUUCAAAUACAAACGCUGAUGACGGCGAGCUGUGCAGUUCAAAUGCCUCCAAACAGGAUGCCACUGACGAUUUUUAUGCCAAUGCAAAUUUCAGUCUAGGUGGUUUUCUAUACUUAAUUAAUUAUUUAUUGACUUAUUUAUUUAUAUUUUUAACCUUUCCAUCACCCAUAGCCACGUGCGACCUUUUUACGUUGGACAAAUUGGAUCAAAGCGGUGAUUUUAUGGGAAUGGUUUAUGUGGGAGGCGGGAAUGAAAUUCGGUACAGUGACAUCCCUGGUGACGUCAUCAACGAUGACGAUGCUUACGUAGACGCCGUUGAUGACGACGACGAUGGUGGCGGACAUUUCCAACUAUCACAGGUUGAUGAUAUCAGCGCCCCUGACGACUCAUUCACCGAGAUUCCAGAUGAUUUCUACAGCAAAGAUAACAGUGGCGAUUGUAUCAUUGAUUAUGAUGACGACGAUGAUGAUAAUAAUAACGGUGAUGAUGAUGAUGUUGAGGAUAGUGGUGGUGGUGAUGACAAUGGUGGUGGUGGUGGUGGUGGUGGUGGUGGUGGUGGUGGUGGUGGUGGUGGUGGUGGUGGUGGUGGUGGUGAUUUGCAAGAAGAUGGUAAAGAAUAUUUUAGUAAUUUUGAAAAUUCACUUGGAAUGAGCAAUAGAUCCUUCCUAGAUUUCUCAAGUAUCAUCUCGCAAAGCGAGCCAAAAGAAAGUGGCUUGUCAAUAUCAAGCGCUGAUGUUGGACUACUGACUGAUCUCCAUGUACAAAAGCCUUUGAAGCCUGUUAAACCUAAGCGAUUGUCAUUAGCGAUGCUGAACAGCGUAUCGAUCCAGCACGGCAUUCUCCCAGCAUUCCCGUCCUGGUCCCUCUUGAAAGUUGGGAAGUAUUGCUCCUAUGAGGCUUCCACAGGCAUCAACCAACCGAACUUCACCCACCAAGCCAACUUCCUACUACCGAUCGAUGCCAAGCUCCAAGUAGCAACACCUUCGUCCAACCUCUGGCCGACCUCUGCUAGUAAAAAGCCUGCAACCAAACUGUUAAGGAUGUACGUAGGACUGGAGUACGAGUGCUUCAAGGGCCACAGGUUCUUCCUAUCCUCUCCCAAUAAGAUGUUCAAGGCUCCAGUGUCCGGCGUUUUCAAGGAGACAGGUCACAAGAUCGUGAAUCAAGAUAUGCCAAUGUAUUUCCCAUGCAGUUGUAGGAGCAGCCUUGUGUACCUUGCACAGUUGAUGCGUAUUCAUGUUGCGGUACCUGAAGGUGAUAUUGAAGUGAGGUUGAAGGUCAAAGUUCAACCCGGUCCACCCCCUUGUCCCGUAUUUUUUCCCGAACCAACGGAAUCAAUCGUCCUGGAGCCAGGGUGGUGGGUGAUGAGGCUGCCCUACGUGUAUUACGAUGGCGCCACUUCCUACUUCAUGCCCUCUGACACCAAGCUACUGUCGUCAUGCAAACUUCUCAAGAACUUCAUCUCAGUCACCCAACGAUCGAGCUGACACACGCCUCUGUCCUCGCUUCAAACCAACUUAAUCCAUCGCACCCGUACUGAUUUUAACUCGUAUCUGGACUGGCUUACUUCUAUAUAAUGAGUUUAAUUUAAUUUUUCAUACAAAUCAGAAAACUUUCAAUUGGCUCAUUAUACUUAUGUGACAAAAACUACUGCAACACGUAAAUGUGGAGCCGGUGUUCAGUCGUAUUAAACUCUUAAAACUUAAAAUAAAAGCUUUUAAAA